AUGGGAGAGACUCAGAUGUUUGAGCAUCUCUUCUCACGUCAGCUUCACAAACGGGGGACGUGCGCGUCACCGCGUCAACGUCACGGCGAGUUGUGCGCGAGGAACAUCUACAAACGGGACGUCUCAACAAAAACCACCCUCCGCCUGUUACUGACCCCGAUCGGGCUACUGGUACUCACUUGCACCUAUAGGAUGUUUAGCUCAGACAGCAUCCGUUUAAACAAAACAAACUAUAUGUAUACAUAUUAUGGAUGUAUUUCAGGGAGGUGGUGUGUGACGUCAGACGCGGAGAAAUCAAAAUGUGAUGCAAUGAAGAAAGCUUUCGAUGAAGUAGGCUUAACCGGACUAAAGAAAUGCGUACAGGCGCCGGAUAAGAAUCGAUUUGAGUGUAUGCGGAUGAUCCGAGACGGGAAGGCUGACCUCGUGAAAUUGGAUGACACGGAUAUAUUCUCGGCGGGAAAGGUGUUUGGACUGAAACCUAUACUGAAAGAAUCCUUCUCCACAGACCUGAAUUCCGAGACCUUCCUCUACAAGGCCGUGAUGGUGAUCAAGGCGGAUGGACCUGUCCACUCCCUGGCUGACCUGUACCGCAAGAAGUCGUGUCACACGGGCGUCGGACGGACGGUCGGCUGGACGGUGCCCGUGGCCAACCUGCAGGCCAUGGGGUUGAUGGUGGUGCGUGACUGCGACAACACCGUCAAGAACGUGGCGGCCUUCUUCAAACAGAGCUGUGCCCCCGGGGCCUACAGCAACCAGUUCAACCCGGACGGCGAUAACCCCGUCAAUGUGUGUUCUCUUUGCGACAACAACUCGUGCCCAAUGCCCGGUCAACACAACAACGGCUACGAACAAGCCUUCAAGUGUCUGAAGCGAGGGCUCGGCGACGUGGCCUUUCUCAAACACUCCACCAUCCAGAGCCUCAUCGACAUAGGGGAGACAAUCAACAAGGGAGACUACCGCAUCGUCUGCCCAGACGGCUCUCUGAAGCUCGUCGACGAAUGGGCGACCUGUUACUGGGCGACGAGACCCACUGACGUCAUAGCUACGUCAGCAGCUAACUUCCACGGGCACGAGGAAGAUUUGCGGCACCUGUUGGAGCAAGCCGCGGUGCUGUUCAACGGAUCUUCGAUAUCGUUCAACAUGUUCGACUCUUCCAAAUUCGGAGGGGUGGAUUUGAUCUUUAGCGAUGGAGUCAAGAAACUGUACGCGGUUGGGGAGUCGCAGCAGCAGUAUGAUAAAUAUCUAGAUAAAGGCUACCUAAACACGCUACUGAAGUACACCUCCUGUAACGCUACCGACAGAUGGUGCGUCAUUUCGGAGGCGGGGCUUGCAAAAUGCCAAGAAUUCAGUGCGGCGCUGGCGUCAUAUCGCAUCACUCAUAAACUGGAGUGUGUUCGUGCGCAGAGUCACAAAGAGUGCAUGGAGAUGAUCGAGGCAAACCAGGCUGACCUAGUUACGCUGGACGGCGCCGACCUCUAUACAGCUGGAAAAUACCACAAUCUUGUUCCGAUCGCCGCGGAGAAUUACGGUGACCCGAGAGAUGACCCCUCGAGCUACUGGACCGUGGCCGUGGUGAGGAAGUCAAACACGGGAAUCAAUAUUAAUACGUUAAAAGGUAAAACGUCCUGCCACACUGGGAUAGGCAGAACCACCGGCUGGGUGAUCCCCGUGGGCACGCUGAUCGAACGAGGCGCGAUCCACGCACCUCAGUACUCCUGCGACCUAGCUGAGGCCGUCGGCCAGUUCUUCAAAGAGAGUUGCGUCCCCGGAGCGCUCGAUCCUAAAUAUAACCCCAAGGGACGCAACCCUGAGAAUCUCUGCAACCUCUGCGGAGGAAGACAGAACUGUCAGAGAUCUAACGACAACGUCUUCUAUGGCCACCGCGGUGCUUUUCGGUGUCUGGUGGAAAAAAACGCAGACGUCGCCUUUGUGAAGCACUCGACCGUUCCAUCGUUCACCGACGGAAAAGGACAAGAGAACUGGUCCCGAGGCCUCCAGUCGACCGAUUUCGAACUUCUCUGUCUCGACGGAUCUCGGAAACCGGUUUCCGAAUGGCGGUCGUGCAAUUUGGCUCGGGUGCCUUCGCACGCAGUCGUUACUUCCGGAUCGAAGCCGCAGUCGGACCGACGUCACUAUUUCGCCAUUCUCAACAAAGCGCAGGCGCAGUUCGGAACUCACAGCACGGUGUAUAACAUGUUCUCGUCGCCAGGCAACAACCACGACACGAUGUUUAACGACGAAACUUCGAGUUUGACGAAGAUUAACGAAGAUUACCAGCAUUACCAAAAGUGGCUCGGGGCGGAUUAUUUGGCGGCCUUGAAGUCCGUAGAUCUGUUAGACUGUGUGGGGUCGGCCUAUAAUAUUUUCUUUGGUCUGCGUCAUUCUGUGUCGGUCUACGUCAUUUUGCGUCGAGCUGCGUCAUUCUAUGUCGAUAUGCUUCAGUCUGUGUCGGUCGGCGUCAUUCUGUGUCGAUCUGCGUCAUUAUGUGACGAUCUGCGUCAUGUGUCGAUCUGCGUCGUGUCGACCUGCGUCAUUCUGUUUCGAUGUGCGUCAUUCUGUGACGAUCUGCGUCAUUCUGUGUCGAUCUACAUCAUUCUGUGA